AUGGCAUCAAAUUCAGCUUAUGCGGAUCUGGUUGAUCGUCCAUUAUUUGGCGAAACAAGAUCUCGAGAUCGAAUUUCAUUUAUGAUCAUAACAGCAGCAACAUUUGUUGGAAUGUUUCUUUUUAAACAUAUAAGCAGCACUCAUAUAUUCUUAAAUAUUUGUCUUCUACUUCUUCUUGCUUCACAUUUAUGCUUAGCAUUUUGGUAUCGUUCAGGUGAUUUAGAACCACGUUUUCGUAAUAUGUUAUUUUUCAAUACAGCUAUUAUUAUAUUAUUAUGUAUUUGUGCGAAUUUAAUUAUAAGUGGAAAAUAA